UGUUUACUUUUUGUUGGCAUAACUAAUUAACUAAUCAAGAAUUGAUGUUUUUGCUUCCUAUAGGGAUUGAACCCUAGUAGUUCAUAUCUGGAAAGUCGUGAAAAAAAUCCAAACUUUGAUCUAUAAAAGAAAAGAAAGAUCGAAACACUAGAAACCCUUUCGGAUUUACAAAUUUCAAGAAAACAGAGCAUCCCACUGAGAACAGAAUCAAAUCAUCAGUAUCUAGUUCAAAUUCGGUUGCUUUCAACAUUAAAACCUCGUGGGCUUUUAAAAAAGAAAAGAGUGUGAUGUGGACGAAGAACACACGUAAUGAUGAUUUUGAGGUGUGAUUUGAUUGAGAUUCGAGGCAAGCACAGCCACAAAGAACGAAGACCUUUUGAAUAGGCGUUAAAAGUAACCUCGAAAUUCAAUAAAUCACUCUGCAACUCCCUCCCACUACCACUACUGUAGAAGACCACUCUCCACUAAAGUACACCUCUUUCUCUUCGACAUUAAUGAAGAUCAAGGUUGAUUUAAUUUACUUGUCAAUGGUAGCUUGUUUCCUUCCUCCUCCUCCAUUCUAUUCUGUAUCUGGUUUGAGCUCCGAUGGUCAAACGUUACUAUCACUCUCACGCCAUUGGAUUUCUAUACCCCCACCACUCGUGUCAACCUGGAAUGCUUCUGAUGCAAAUCCUUGUUCGUGGGUUGGUGUUCUUUGUGAUCGGAACAAGCUGGUAAUCUCUUUAGACUUAUCAAAAUCCCAAAUUUCCGGUGAAUUAGGGCCGGAAAUCUCCCGGUUAACCCAACUGAAAUAUUUGAAUUUGAGUUUUAACCAUCUCUCCGGUCAAAUUCCUUCAUCGAUAAGCAAUUGCAGUCGUCUUCAACAGUUGGACCUGUCGCUCAACGACCUUACUGGUAAGAUACCAGACAGCUUCGGUAACUUACGUUUGAAAUCGUUGAUUCUUUCUAACAAUUCACUCAAUGGGUCCAUACCGGAAUCCAUCUUCCACAUUUCCGGUUUGGAGGCGCUUCUCCUCAGCUCCAACCAGCUGACCGGUUUGAUUCCGUCGAACUUGGGAAAUGCAACCAUGCUCAACAAAUUAUGCCUUGACGAUAAUCACUUCACUGGGUCUUUGCCUGAUAGCUUAAAUGAUCUUGCUAACCUCGUUUAUUUAGAUGUUCAUAAAGCUGGUGUAGAAGGUAGAAUUCCUUUGGGUUCCAAUGGUUGCAAAGAUUUGAUCUAUUUAGAUUUGUCUUUCAACAGCUUCACCCGUCUUCCACCUGAGUUGGGAAACUGUAGCAACCUGGAACAAUUCGCAGUUGUGAAAUGCCGGUUAACCGGUGAAAUUCCCUCUUCUUUUGGUCAACUCACCAAAUUGACUCUCCUUUACCUAUCUAUCAAUGAAUUGUCAGGAAAGAUUCCAACUGAGCUUGCCAAUUGCUCAUCGUUGUCUGAUCUUCAACUGGAUCAAAAUCAACUCGAGGGUGGUAUUCCGAGUGAGCUUGGUAUACUGAAGCUGAAAUCCCUUUUUUUGUUUACAAAUCGUUUAACAGGUGAGGUUCCAAUGAGUAUUUGGAAAAUCGAAACCCUAGAACACCUUCUUAUCUAUGAAAAUCGUCUUUUUGGUGAACUACCCAUUGAAGUCGCCCAGAUGAAGCAAAUGAAAGAGUUUACUCUGUUUACUAAUCAUUUCUCGGGUGUCAUACCUCAAAGUUUAGGAAUGAACAGCGAUCUUGUCAUACUUGAUUUCCUCGACAACUCCUUCACUGGACCAAUCCCACCUAAUCUUUGCUUCAGAAAGAAACUUGAGCGACUGGUUUUAGGGUUCAAUAAUUUUGAAGGUGGUAUCCCUUCCGACCUUGGAAACUGUCCAAAUCUUCUACGAUUGAGAUUAGAGAACAGUAAUCUCACCGGAGUUCUUCCAGAAUUUGUGAAUAAUCCAACCCUAGAUUACAUGAACCUUGAAAACAACAAUUUCACCGGUGAAAUCUCAGCUAGCAUCGGUAAUCUUACCAAUGUAUCACAAAUUAUCCUCUCCAUGAAUAGGUUUUCAGGUGUUUUACCUAAGGAGCUUGGAAAUCUCGUUCAUCUUCAAGCUCUGAACCUUUCCCACAAUGCAUUCGAAGGUCCUUUACCAUCUCAACUAACAAAUUGCAGGAAAAUGUUGGAAUUUGAUGCAAGUGAUAACCAGUUCAAUGGCUCAAUUCCAUCUGCUUUUCAGAGCAUGUCAGGGCUAAUGAGACUGUAUUUAAGUGACAAUCAAUUUUCCGGGAACAUCCCUGAUUUCAUAUCUGAAUUCCAGGCUCUGAUAGAUCUUCAACUUGAUGGAAACUCAUUAGAUGGAACAAUACCUUCUUCAAUAGUAGAGCUCAAGUCACUCGACACAUUAAACAUCAGCAGAAACCAUCUCACAGGUGAUCUUCCCUCAGGUUUCUCAAAAAUGGUGAUGUUACAGCACAUAGAUUUUUCCCACAACCAUUUAACCGGAUCUUUAUCAUCACUAGCCGAGCUUCGUGUGUUAACUGGCCUCAACAUUUCAUACAAUCUCUUCACAGGUCAAAUACCACCACCAUUGAUGAAAUUUCUCAAUUCCUCUUUGGAUUCCUUCUUAGGGAAUCCAGAUCUUUGUGUCGAUUGUGGCUCAAACUGUGAUCCUUUCAGAAACUUCAAGCUGUGUCCUGGUUCUUCAAACAAAAAGAAAGGUCUUAGCAAGUUCCAUACUGCAAUGGUGGCCCUUGCAACAUCUGCAUGUCUGUUUGCAGUAGUUCUUGGAGUUGGUUUCAUGCUUCAAUGUCGACAAAGAGAAAAACACGAUAUAGAAGAGGUGUAUCCUGAUAAAGAAGAUGAUGAUGUUCUUUUUCAAAGAGUAAUGCAAGCUACUGAAGACUUGAAUGAUAAGUACAUAAUCGGGAGAGGAGCCCAUGGAACUGUUUACAAAGCUUCACUAGGUCAAAACGGGGUUUUUGCAGUAAAGAAGCUUAUGUUUGGAGCUAGUAAAGAAGGAAGCACAAGCAUGGUUAGAGAGAUUGAAACAGUUGGGAAAGUCAGACACAGGAAUCUUGUGAGAUUGGAAGAUUUUUGGAUGAGAAAGAACUACGGGUUGAUUUUAUACAGGUAUAUGCAUAAUGGUAGUCUUCAUGAUAUACUACACGAGAUGCAUCCACCUCCAUUGUUGGAUUGGAGCAUUCGUUGUAACAUAGCUCUUGGCACUGCUCAUGGUUUAGCAUAUCUCCAUUUUGACUGUGAUCCUGCUAUCGUGCACCGAGAUAUUAAGCCCAUGAACAUUCUUUUAGAUGAUGAAUUGGAGCCUCACAUCUCAGAUUUUGGAAUUGCCAAGCUUCUCGAUCAAUCCUCUCCAGCAUUAAUGAGUGGCAUACUCCGUGGCACAAUCGGAUACAUUGCUCCAGAAAAUGCGUUUACAAACACGAAAAGCAUGGAGUCUGAUGUGUACAGUUAUGGUGUUGUGUUACUGGAGUUGAUAACGAGGAAGAAAGCGGUUGAUGAUUCGUUUGCGGAUGGGUUGGAUAUUGUGAGGUGGGUGAGGUCUGUUUGGAGCGAAAAGGUGGAAUUGGAGGUGGUUGUGGAUUCAGGGCUUUAUGAUGAUCUGUAUGAUUCUUUUGUAAGGGAACAAGUGACUGAAGUGCUUCAGCUUGCUUUGAGGUGUACAGAAACCGAACCAAACAGAAGACCUUCGAUGAGAGAGGUAGUCAAGCAGCUUGAAGAUGUGUACGGAUCUCUCAGAAGCAAGCUUAAGUAGUUUUAGCUUUUUCAAAUAUACAUACAUACACAUAUGUAUGUAUGUAUGGGCGAGUUUGGUUUUGUAGGGUUUUGACUUUCAGGAAUAGGUAUGAUGAAGCACAUUUAGGGUUUUGUUUUAUGCAUCAUAAUCAUGUGAAAGAAAAACAAAACAGCAAUAGGAAAAGGUAAAUGAUUGUAAUUGUAAAGUGGUUCUUAAUUGAUUGAUUAAAAUAUGUAAUCCAUGAUUUGUAACAGAAGAAAGAGGAAUACUUGAUCAAAGUGGUUACCUGAUUAA